UUCCCGUCUGGGGGGUUUAGACCCCAGAAGUUGCUUGACAUUUUUCAUUGUUAUCCUCCUUUGUAUGGUCCUUGUUUUUGUCGACUAAAAGAGAUGGAUCUCUUCUUAUACCUAAUUUACUUCAUACUCUUCUCUGUAUCUCUUAUAAUAAUCAUUCUUGCUUCCAGACACAAAUCUACCAGCACGAAUCUACCACCUGGUAGGAAGGGAUGGCCGGUGAUUGGCGAAACUUUGGAGUUUGCCUUCACAGCUCAAAGGGGGAAACCAGAAAAAUUCAUAAAGGAUAGAAUGAACAAGUACUCCCCCAAAGUAUUUCGGACCUCCUUGAUGGGAGAGAACAUGGCUGUGAUGUGUGGGGCUUCAGGAAACAAGUUCCUAUUCUCCAACGAGGACAAGCUUGUUACCUCAUGGUGGCCAAACUUGAUAAAGAAGAUUUUGUACUUCCCUUCUCUUUUAAAUGACGCCUCAACAAGAGAUCUGACCAAGCCUCACAGAGCUCUUCUUCAAUUUCUCAAGCCAGAAGCACUGAAACAGUAUGUGGAGAUCAUGGAUUUGAUGGCACACAAGCACAUAGACAUGGACUGGGCUCCUAAUAAAGAAGUCAAGGUUUAUCUGCUUUCAAAGAAGUAUACCUUUGCGUUGUCUUGUCGGUUGUUUCUAAAGAUUGAAGAUUCUGAAUGGGUUGCUAGGAUUUCCAAUGACUUCGAUCAUAUUAUGGCAGGGUUCAUUUCUUUGCCUAUAGAUAUUCUUGGCACAACAUUCAACCGUGCUAUCAAAGCAAAAAACAUCCUUCACAAAGAGCUCAUAGAAAUAAUCAAAAAGAGAAAGAAGGAAUUAACAGAGAAGAGAGAUUUAGCAGCUCAAGAUCUACUGUCCCACAUGCUACUUGUGCCAGAUGAGAAUGGUAAGGUUCUGAAUGAAAUGGAGAUUAGUACUUACAUUCUUGGUGUACUCUUAGCUAGCCAUGAAACCACAAGCACUGCUAUCACAUUUGUCCUCAAGUAUCUUGCAGAGUUUCCAGAUGUCUAUGAUGCAGUCUUGAAAGAGCAAAUGGAGAUUGCAAAGUCCAAAGGUCCAGAAGAGUUUCUCAACUGGAAUGACAUUCAGAAUAUGAAGCAUUCAUGGAAUGUGGCGAGGGAGUCAAUGAGGCUAUCACCACCGGGUAUAGGAGGUUUCAGAGAAGCCUUAACUGACUUUACUUAUGAAGGUUUUACAGUUCCAAAAGGAUGGAAGACACAUUGGACUGUGCAUUCAACGCACAAGAAUCCCGAGUACUUUCCAGAUCCGGAAAAGUUUGAUCCCUCAAGAUUUGAAGGAGAGGGGCCUGCACCAUACACUUUCGUACCUUUUGGGGGAGGACCUCAUAUGUGCCAUGGGAAAGAGUAUGCUCGACUAGAACUACUUGUGUUCAUGUACAAUGUGGUGUCAAGAUUCAAAUUGGAGAAAGUAGUUCGGAACGAAAAGAUCACAUAUAACCCCUCACCCAUUCCUGCAAAUGGUCUCCCAAUGCGCCUCCAGCCUCAUAAAAUGUAGAUGGAUUUACUAGUUGGUUAAUUCAGUCAUGUUUAGGACUGACUCUGAUGCACUUAAAUUUCAUAAACUACUAUAUGAAUUCAGUCUAUA